AUGGCUGUACCCUUCAGAAAAGACCGCCCUGACACGCGGCGUAGAGGAGGCGUUGUUAUCUAUUUGAAGUCAUCCAUCUCAUUUCAAAUUCACAUCAUUUUCUCUCAUGCUAUCAUGGAUGCACUGGAAAAUCUUUGUCUGAAAUUCCAGACCUUGAUGGGUUACAUCGAUGAACUCUCCAACACUGCGUUGGAGAGCAACUCAAAACUCAUCAUUGGGGGUGACUUCAAUCAACUCGACCAUCAUUCCAUCCUUCAAACAGCUCCCUCCUGGUUUGGUUUUGCUACACAACAACUUCAGCAACUACAAUCUCUCAUCAAAAAACUAAUCCGCUUCAACUAUCUACCUGCAUCAUAUCCUGCCGUCACUCAAAUAUUCAACACACUCGAUUCAAAACUGUUCAAGCAAGUAGAAAAUAACAACAACCACGUCAUCCAUCCUCUACUAUCACCAAUUAAAACUACAACACACAACCUUCGUCAACGCAAACAUAACUAUCAAGUCGCCACCCAAUCUACAUAUCAGGAAAAGAUUUUCAUCACAAGAUACCUCAAACAUAUUAACACUCAAUAA